GUAAUUGGCAAAAGCAAGAGGGCUUAAAUACCGACCCGUGUCGAGGCGGCACAAUACACUUGUCGCCUCCUCCACCGGCACACCAACGCUGCUCUCUCUACGGUUCCAUUUUCCAUUUUUUUUCCAACACAAGAAAAUUAGGAAAAAAAAAUACGUUAAAAGGUAGCAAGCCAUACGGAUUAGGGAACCCAGGAGUUUGAUCCAAUUUGGUAAAUAGGAGUUCAUUUUGUUCUUAAAUGAUGGGUUCCCAUGUGAAUUUCAAGAACUUUGGUGACACACCACAGUCAGAAUUCAGUGGGAUGAAGCCAGCAGGCAAUAUGCCGUUGCUUCGACAGCCUUCUCUGUACUCCUUGACCUUUGAUGAGUUCCAGAACACCUUGGGUGGAUUUGGAAAGGACUUUGGUUCGAUGAACAUGGAUGAACUCUUAAAGAACAUUUGGACAGCUGAGGAGACUCAAGCCAAGGGAGUUUCUAGUGGUGGUGGAGGUGGCAGUAUGCCCGGUGGGAAUUUGCAAAGACAGGGAUCACUAACUUUGCCACGCACGCUUAGCCAGAAAACAGUGGAUGAAGUUUGGAGAGACUUGUUUAAAGAAAGUAGCGGAGCAAGAGAUGGGGCAGGCAAUGGUGGAGUGCAUUUUCAGCAGAGGCAGCCUACUUUAGGAGAGAUGACAUUGGAGGAAUUCUUGGCGAGAGCAGGUGUGGUAAAAGAAGAUCCCCAACCAAUUGGGAGGGCAAAUAAUGGUGCUUUUUUUGGUGAGCUAUCACAACCAAGCAAUAACAACAGUGGCCUGGCAAUUGGUUUUCAGCAAUCGGCUAGAAACAAUGAAGUCCUGGCUAAUGAGAUUAGGAAAAAUAAUAAGUCAGUGGUCAAUAUAAGUGGAACAGGAUCAUCUCAACAACAAUUGCAGCAGCAACAGCAUCAGCCACUUUUCCCCAAGCAAACCACUUUGGCUUUUGGCACUCCUAUGCCUUUAGUAAACAAUACUCAGCUGGCUAGCCCAGGAAUUAGGAUGCCGAAUCCUUCUGUAAACAAUCCAUCGAUUCAAGGUACUGUCAUACAGAAUGGAUCACUUGGCAUGACAGGUAUAGUUACUGGGACGACAAUGGUUGCAUCAGGAUCUCCUGCCAGUAAAUUAUCUUCAGAUGCAAUUGCAAACAGUAAUGUGGAUACCUCUUCGUUGUCACCUUCGCCUUACAUGUUUAGUGAAGGAGUACGUGGAAGGAAAUGUGGUGGGACUUUGGAGAAGGCAAUGGAGAGACGACAUAGGAGAAUGAUUAAAAACAGGGAGUCUGCUGCAAGAUCACGAGCCCGGAAGCAGGCGUAUACCUUAGAAUUGGAAGCAGAAGUUGCAAAACUUAAAGAAAUUAAUCAAGAGUUGCGAAAGAAACAGGAAAAAAUUAUGGAGAGGCAGAAAAAUCAGAUCGUGGAGACGAUGAUACUGCCCUGGGGGAGCAAGAGGCAAUGCUUGAGGAGAACGCUGACAGGCCCCUGGUAGUAGAGAGAGAACGAACGUGAGUCGCGGAUGCAUGUAGUUGAAGUAGUAGAUCAGAGUUGUAGUUUACGAGCAUUUGGAUUGGAGAUUCAGUAUGAAUGCUUUGCCCGCUGUGAGAUAAAAAGGAUUCAACAGCUUGCCAUCCGUGGCAAACCUUAUCUUAGGAUUUGAUAAAGCAGCUGUAUGUACAUAAGGAAACAGUGUUGUGCUGUAGAAUCUCGAAUUGGGGAUGAAAAUAAUACCUUGAGAUAAAAGUUCUUAAUUUUGUGA